GUGGCCUUGCUGGGUUGAAGGGUCUCUUCUGCGCUAUAGGGAUUCUGUUCUAAAUUUUUUUUCAAUUCAUUGUAGUGCUUGACGCCUCAGCCUGAUUUUCUCCUUUUGGACAAAUUCUAGCCAAGAAGCUGUGAACUAGUCACUGACCUAGACUACAAUUAACCCUUUCGUUGUACAGAGAAACAGAAAAAAGUAGGAAUAGGCCAAUCAGCCCUGCGAGCCUGUGCCGUCAUGGCUGACUAUCCAACUCCACCCCCUCCUCCUGCUUUCUCCUCAUAUUCUUUAGCCCUAAAUGCUAUAGCAAACUCCUUCUUUCAUUUUCCUCAUACCUUUUCAUUUCCCGCUUUUAAAAAUGUUGGGGAUUGAGGGGAAGAAAGAAAAGGCAGUUUGGGUGCAUCCUGUGAUUGGACAAUAAAUUGUGCUUGCUUUGUGGUUGGUUGAGGAAAGGGUUAAGGUGAAGUCAGGCUGGUUGAAUAGUCAACUCCCCAGGAACAUUCCCAAUCAAUGGGCAAGAUUAGCUCAGGCCCACAUACUGCAUUCUCAGCAUCAUGUACUUCCCUUUGCUAAUAUGCACACAAGGUACAGACAAUGACAUUUGAGGAGGCUGAAUUGCUUUAGGACCAGCAACCUCCAGUUAUUUAAACAAUUUGCCAAUUUUUGUUGCCAUACGGCAGCAAGUGAGGAAAUGCCUGAGGCCAUCAGUGAGUAAUUCUUCAUCUCACAAUACUUUACAUUACUCAGGAGGCUAUCAAAAAGUGCCCUCUGAUAGUGCUACACUCAUCGCUCCCUAUGCUGUCCUUGAAUACUCUAUUCAUCUGGUGGGUAUCUCUCUGCACAUUCCUUAUCAAAGAUAUUGGCCUUCAAGCACCAAAUAUAAAUCCAAAGAAACUGUGCAAGUUCGGCAUAAGCUCAGAACAGAGCAGGAAUUAGCUGAAAACCAUGUUACCAGCAACAUUCAAAUUGUGCUGUGGAAUCUCACAUCAGCAUUUCAGGAACAUGACAGGAUUGAAGAGAACUGCAGUAGCUGCCGUAGCAUAUGAAAUGAGAAGAAUGAAAAUUAAAGAUAAUUUUCUGUCAGGAACCUGGGAUUCUCUAGUCCAGAAAAAAAAACCUCACCCAGCUCUCAAAGUCGAAGAUGAAAGAUUGGAAAUAAAACGGACUCUCAGCACAGAAGAACUAUCCUACGUGAAGCAAGGGGAAGAUGCUUUACAAAAGGCUCUGGGGAUUUUAAGCCAGGAUGCCGGAUGGACAACAGAAAUCAAAAUGGAGAAUGGUGACAAUGUUAUGAGCAAAGUUCUACCUGGAGUUGGAAAAGUCUUCAAAUUGGAGGGUGUGCUGGAUGCAACUACGGAACAUGUGUAUCAUGAGCUUUAUGAGAAAGUUGACCAAAUGAGCUCAUGGAAUCCAAGCAUCAAACACUUGCAUGUCUUGCGGAAAAUUGGCAAAGAUACCAUGGUGACUUACGAAAUCAUGGGAGACACAGCUGGAAACAUCAUUGGACGGAGAGACUUUGUGAGUGUGAGGCAUUGCUGGAAAGAAGGAUCUUGCUGCUACUUGACGGGAAUAGCCACUGAAUCCAAGUGCAUGCCACCACAGAAAGACUUUGUGAGAGGUGAAACUGGGAUUUCGUGUAUUAUCCUACAUCCUGCAGGCACCAAGAACAAGACACGAUUUACUUGGCUUCUCAGCAUGGACCUGAAGGGCUGGCUGCCAAAAUCCCUUAUCAAUCAAGCAUUGUCACGGGCACAGGUGGAUUUCACCGAACAUUUACGCCGACAACUCUCUUCAAGCUCAUUCUCCAUAUCCUGCUGAGUUCGGAACAGGCAAUACCAGCAAUGCAAAUUUAAAUGGAGCACUCACUAAAAAGGCAUUCUGCACUGUUCACUUAGCUGCUGUGUUGUGACAAAGAUAUUGUUUUGCAGCAAUGAAGCAAGGCUCGAAAGGAAAGUGCCUUUAGGUUUGCUGUGGCACAAGAUACCUGAGACAAUUCAUUUAUACACGCCACAAAAUCAUUCAAGUGCACGUUUGAGGUGAGGAAAGUAUUUUGUGGACUUCAUGCAUGAGCUUGAUGAUUUCCAAGACUUCUAUAGGAACACAGCUAGAUAUCACGCUGUGUUGUGAUACUCAUGCUAAUGUUUUGAAAGACGUAAACAGUACUUGAUGUUUAAGGGAUGGAAGCAAUUGAGGACUGUUAGAAAUCCUGUAAUUUUGGUAUGAUUUGCUGCUAUUUUUGUGAUAAUAUUAUUAAUUUAUUUCUGAUUAUCUGGAAGAUUUGCCAGUAAACUGAUUGCAGUUGAGAAUAUUUAUGUGUUUU